AUGAUGUUCCUACCACCCACCAUUGCUCUGAAAUCAUCCUCGUUCAACACUUACUUGAACUACAGCAAUGAUUCUGAUUCCGAGAGGUUUGGCUAUCUCAGAGUCAACGAAACCAAUAUCUUCAGCCCGUUAGUAAAGUUCGAAGUGGUGGCGGCCAAUACUGUCGCGGGACUCGUACACAUACGAUGCUCCCACAACAGAAAGUUCCUGCGACUAAGAGAACCAGUUGGCCUUACCUUCAACGUUAGUCCGGACGCUGAUGAACCAGAGGAGGACCAAUCCAAUAUAUAUUCGUGUACAUUGUUUGAGCCUCGAGCAGUUGAAAAUGGCAAUCCUGACAAAAUCCGGUUGUUUCAUGUCUCUCUGAAUAAUUCAAGAUUACUACUAGCGGCAUCUACCUAUGUCGGGGACCAAAGGUUCUUUAUAAUGCAUCAAACUCCGCCGAACAAUAACGAUAUCUUGGAUGUCAUUGACUUGGAGUCGUCGUUGGUGAUGUUGCCAAGGCAUGUGGCCUUCAAAUCCCACACCGGCGAUUACUUAAAGCUUGUGGGAGGAGCUAAUCUCAGGUUCAUAUCCACCGAUAAGGGGAUUUCUGAGUCAUGGUUCGUCGUCUCCACUGAUAGCCACGCCAGGAUACAAAUCAAGUCCUUCCACGACAACGGCUUCUUUUAUAACAGCAGAGAUAGUAUUCUCUCUAGCCCAACGCUUGCCGGCACCAAUCCUAGCACCUUCUUUUGGCCGGUGAGGCUCGGCGGUAAUACGGUCGCUCUCAGAAGCAUGAGCAACGACAAAUAUUGCGCUCAUAUCAGUGACGCUAAUGGAACCGACCUCAAUGCAGCCUACACAACCAUUACAGACAACUCGCGCUUCACGCUGGAAGAGCUUGUCCUCUCUAGGAGAAUCUACAAUGCCGAGUUUGACCUAAAGAAUGCCAUAAUCUACGGUGAAACCCCCGUCACCAUGGCCACCGCAAACGCCAGGAACAACACCUCAGCAGACAACACUGUGGAAUUCAAGUUCGCCUACACGGAGAGUAAGAGCAGCACGUGGACCUCCAGCAGCUCGUGGCUGGUGGGAGUGAGUGUCUCCGUCAGCUUCAGAGUUCCAUUCAUCGGCGGUACUGACGUCACUACAGAAACCGAGUUCUCCGGAUCUUAUGAGUGGGGGGAAACUGUUACUACAGAGAACACAUUGGAGACUACCUACACGGUUACGGUGCCGGCAAACACUUCGAUAUCUGUGAGCUUGAUGGCGACCAAGGGAAAUUGUGACGUGCCUUACUCUUAUUACCAGCGAGACUUGCUUUACAAUGGUAAAACCGUUGUUUAUAUGAAAAAUGACGGGCUGUACACUGGUAUUAAUUCAUACAACUUUCGCUACGAGGUUACAACACUGGAAGAGCCGGCAUCUAGAGCCGCUUUGUCGACCAAAGCGGAGAUGUUGCCGGAUCCAUCGGUCGACCCCACUGUAGAAGAAGUGUUACCACUGCGCAUGCCUGUGUCGUCUGGAUCAACCACCAUGGGGCAAAACAAGGUGAGCUCGACCACCACUACCCCUGAAAAAGAGCUGUUAUCGCUGAAAUUAGAAGAUUCUAGUUUGAGUGAGCAGAAGAUUGACUGUUGUGGCCUUGUGGGUAGCAAACCAGACGGAAUCGUCCAGUAA